GAGUCCGAGAAAUACACAGGAGACCAAUCGGUAUCAGCAAGCUGCUGAUUAAACGAGUUUGUAUCUAUCCUGCUGAUAGGGCGUCGGUACACACUGGAUUCCCGGCGUGGCGCCGCACGACUCUCACGAGUGACCAUAACACGAGUGAAGUCAUGCGGACCUCCGUAGUGACACCUGGUGACACCGACACGUCUGAUCAACUCCGGACGGUACUUCUGAACAUGGAGCUGCCAAAGGAGCACCUGGAGGGCCUCAGGCUCUGUACUUCUCUCUCAGACAAGUCAUUCAAAGCUCUUAUCAGGCGCGCUCUGCUGGAUGGCAGCGAUCCUUCUAAAAGAGAGCAUGUGUCAUCUCUGCAGGUAAAGUGCCGUGAUACUCCGGCCGACACUCUGGUGCGUUGUCACGCCGCAGUGCUGGCCACCUUUCUCGAGCACGUGCGGUUCUCGGGUGGCGCUUCUGAGACCACCUCCACCGCCCGGCUUCAGGCCGUCCUACAGAACGCUGGUUGGUCUCCCGACCGACAGGCGGCGCUAGUGUCGCUGUCAGCAGAGGCGGCGCCGGCAGCACGGCGCCUGCUGAGUUCCCUAACCCACGGGCCGUCGCGUUUGGUGGACUUACGCUGGCGGGAGCUGGCUGAUGUCGCCUGCAGUAUAUCCGGCGCUGCGGAGUCCUCCCAAGAGGCGCAGUUUGAGGUGACGCUCGUGAUGGAACCUCCCGGGGGCGGGAGGACGGAGGAGGUUACGAUGGCCGCCUCGAGACAUCAGCUCCAGAACGUGUUGGCGGAGCUGCGACAGGCGGGGAGGGCGCUGCAGAGUCUGGCUGAGGGCACCGCCACGCCGCCGCCGCCACCGCCGGUGCCGGAGUAGCCUGAACUGAGCUUUAGAUAAGCCCGAGCCAUGUUGGUGAAUGCCAUUGUGAUAACAUGGGACCAUAUGUUAGGGUGGUUGCGCUAUACAUGGCUCGAAUUGUGUGCAUAUCAUGUGUUUUGAAGCGUUAUGGUCUGUAUUUGCUCGCGGUCGUAGUUGGUACGUGCCAGUGUUUCCUAUUUUGGAGAAUAUCGUUAUUGUUAUCGAGAACUGCUGUCUGUCGUUACUCGCUAGUCGCCUUGAAAUAUGUAUCAGAUGUUCAAUUGGCGUAAUUCAUGAACGUUGUUACCUGCAUAUCGGAACGAUAUAUAACUACAAUAUACAUGUACUUAACUGUCUAAUUGAAAGAA